AUGGAGGACAAGCGCCAAAAGAGAGGGUAUACUCCCCAAUAUACCCAGUACACGGAGCUGGCGGACUCACAAGAACGUGUGUAUUUCGUCAUGAGGCAAAAUACGCACUACCGGAGGCCGCCUCCCCUAUACAGAGAUAGUUCCCGAAGGGAUCCCAACAAAAGAUGCGAGUACCACAAUGACAUUAGACACAGUACCAAUGAGUGUAAAAAUCUGAAAGAUGACAUCAAAAACUUGAUUCGAUUGGGCCACCUCUAUGAGUGGAUCAAGAACCGACUGCCCCAUCUCAACCCAGUUUCGACAGGGGGUCCGGUUCCCCAAGGAACGCCAGGGGGUGCUCCCGGAGCUUUGACACCAGCUGCACCCUCAGGAGGACCAAUCCCUCAACAGGCCCUUGGCCUGCCACCUAGACCCAAUGGAAGAGUGGUUAUGAUCUCUAGUGGGCCCCAUAUUGGAGGGACCACUCGAAAGGAAUUAAAGCAUUAUGCCAGGGCCAUUAAACACGAUGAGGUGUGGGAAGUCAAUCAGCUUCCAGCACAAAGGCCUCGACUCAUGGAUCAACCGAUUACUUUCACGGAGGAAGACGCAAGGAUGGUGCGUUUUCCUCACCAUGACCCUCUGGUCAUAGAGACUCCCAUUUCCAACAAGAUCGUGGCUAGAAUACUGAUCGACAAUGGGAGUUCCGUGAAUUUAUUGUUUAAGGAAGCCUUCACAGCGAUAGGCCUCACGGACUGA